AUGCCGGACAUUGUCCCACAAAUUCCUCGACAUAGAGGCAAAAGGAACGAACCAAAAACGUUGGAGCUUGUAAUUGAGUACACGAAUUGUACGACCAGCACGGGAUAUUCCACCGAUCAGCUCGAAGAUUUCUCUUAUCCAGACGGUUCCACGCAGUGCCACCUUACGUUCUCUAUCACUGAGAAUUAUACAGGAGACGUCAAAUUCUACUAUGGUCUCCGAGAAUUCUAUCAGAAUAAUCGAAUGUAUGUCGUUUCGCGAAAUGAUCUCCAGUUAUUAGACAGCUUCCAACUGCUUCUUCAUGGUGAGCUGGAAUCUUCAAUCACUGUACCGUUCACUACUCGAAACAUGAUCUCCGAAAGAGUAAAGAAAAGGAAGUUUCGUAAUCCAGUACUCACCGGAAACCAAACUCUGUGCGAUGCCUUUCGGGUCAGUUAUUUCUAG